AUGUUGGAAGCGGAGGUGCUUGAUGCUUACCGUUCUAUCUUCGCUCAGACAUUCUCGAGAAACGGUUCGACCCUCUAUAUCGGAGAUAAUCUUGGAAAGAUAACGACUUACAAUGUAACACGCUGGUCGAAAACGCAAGAAUUCCAGACUCAACUUCACAGCAUCCUUUUCAUUCUCGAAUACAAGGGAAUUUUGAUUGCCGGUGGCAUAGGAGGCCUAGUUACUCUCAUCCUCAGCGAAGAGGGAAGAAUUUCAAACGGCAAGCGCAUAACUAGCGAAUCGUACAACACAGCUCUGAUUUUGGAAGACCAGGACGUACUUAUAGGAGGUGGACCACGAGGAAUUUUGUACACAAUCGAUUUGAACGUUUUUCAUAUCAUCAAGGAAGAUAUUGACUCUCAUAAAGAUGCGAUUCAGUGCUCUUCAAUGUCGAUCGAUCGAGGGAUUUUCUGCACAGCGUCAGAAGACGGACUUGUCCACAUCUGGGAUAUCAAAAGCCAGGAAAUCACCAGAACGAUUCUGCCUUACGAGAACGAAGAGCUUAAUCGACCGGAAAGAGGUCGAUUUAUCAGCUGUUGCUCGAUGAUCGGCGACUGGCUGAUUUGUGGUGGAGGCCCAAGAGUGGGAUUAUGGCACGUGAGUUCCGGAGAAUUGGCCAAUAUUUUAGAUAUAGAAGAAGAUGUGCCGUUAAGUAUGCUCAGCUCACCCGAACGCAUUUUCGUCGGUGGGUCGCGAUCAGUUGUUUACCAGUUUCAGCGCAACGGAUCGAAAAUCUCGACGGUUGAAGCUACCUCGCAAUUUGUUUAUUCCAUUCAAAAAUCACUAAAGGGACACAUGCUUGUGUCGGGAAGCACGAGAACUGUGGAUAUUUACAAGAAUAACUACAAAGCACAAGAACUUUCUGUCUGA